AUGAGCUUUGGAAAGUCUAAUUAUCGUGUGGGCGGCACGCGUGGUGGUGCCGAUCAUUUCAAGUGGGAAGACGUCAAGAAUGACAAGUAUCGGGAAAAUUAUUUGGGACACUCGGUACAGGCGCCUGUAGGUCGUUGGCAGAAGGGAAAGGACAUUACAUGGUACAAUAAAGCAAGUAAAUUACAACGAGAUGAAGUGCUGCAGACGGAACUGGAAGUGGCGAAACAGAGGGACGAAGAUCUGAUGAAUGAAGCGCUAGGUUUUGCACCUAAGAGACGUCAUAAGCCUGUUGAAGGUUUGAGUGCGUCGGAGAUGAAGAUGCUGCUGAAACGUGGAGAAGCAGAACGUGAUGGCAUGGAUGUCGAGAGAAUUGAAGGGAUAGGAGCAGCUCCAGUGGAAGCUGCAGGAUUCCAAACAGGAACGAAACGCACAUUGGCUGAGAGAUAUAAGGAUCAACUUGCAAGUGGCAAGGCAGAUACAACGUAUGCGUUGCCAGGUACAAUUAACGUGAUGACAGAGAGUGAGGCCAAGACAGCACGAAAAAAAACGCGAAAGGUUGAGAAGGAAGCCAAGAAAUUGAAAAAGAAGGAAAAGAAGGAGCGCAAGAAAGAGAAAAGAGCAGCCCGCAAUCUCUCUUGUCAUUUCAAGGAUGAGGACGACGAAAAAUCACGCUACCCUCGCCAUAGCAUGGAUAAUGAAGAUGCAAGGUAUCGUUCGCGUUCACGCUCGCCACCAAGCCAUUCAGGAAGAAGCCGAGUGGUAGGUCGAUGGUCACACGCUGAAAGUCGACAUCGUAACAGUCGAUCCUGUUCGCGAUCACCAGCUGACCGUCGUAGGUAUGAAAACUCGUCCAGACGAGCAGAGCUACUUGACUCUCGCGGCCGCUCACGAUCUCCAGAUCGACACCGUCGUCAUCGCCAUCUAUCUUCAUCUCGAUCUCCAUCUCCUAGAAGGCGUUCGCGCUCUCGUUCGCGGUCACGCCGAAGGUAA